AUGGUGGCCCCAGAUGAACUUGGGAACCAACGUGAAGUAAGCAACUGCUCUGCCUGCUACCACUGGGUCACUGCCAAGCCCCUGGGACCUGCUGUUUCUCUGCCUCCCGUGCUGCAAGAGGUGGGGAUGGCUUAUGCCCGGCGAGGGUGGAGGGGGCAGCCCACAGCUCCACAGCUGGGAGCCCGUUUGCCCAGGCACAGUCUGGUCUCUUGCUGCUGUUGCCUCUGCCUGGAAUGCUGGGUGGACUCCCCUAGUUGCUCUCCUGGGUCCCCCUCUUCCCUACAGGACAGGCACUUCCACCUGAGGGUGUUCGUCGAAGUGGUCCUGCCCAAUGGCCAUGUUGCUGGAACACAAGAAGUCACUCUGAUUUGUCCUAAACCUGGCCACGCCUGGACUCUGGCCCCCUGCCUGGCGCCAUAGGCAUGGUUCUCCCUUUCCACCCCUCGUGCCCAGCCCCUCCACCCCACCCCAGGGCACGGCUUUGUCUGCUCAGCCCCUGCCUUGCUGACCCUCGGACCUGGACCCACCACCCAACCCACCCAGGCUCAACCCCAGUGGGGCACCCUGGAACGCAGGGGUGACCCCUUCGCCCUUGACCGGGCUGAGGAAGCCAACUCCCUCCAUGUCCGUGGCCUGCGUGGCCAUUUCCUAUGUCCUCCCCCUUCAGUCCCUUCCCCAGGUCGGCCUCCAAUGCAGGACCAGUGUCGGGUGGCCUCCAGGCACUUCCCCUGCAGAGUAAGGAGAGGUUCCAAGGAAGCCUGUCAGCAGGCUGGUUGCUGCUAUGACAACAGCGGAGGGGUUCCCCGUUACUAUGGACAAAGUGGCCACUUUGUCCUGGCGGUACCCCAAGAAACAGCCUUGGCACACGGGAUCACGCUGGCCCAUAUCCACAUGCUCUACACCCCCUCCAGCUGCUCCCAGACGGAGCUGGGGUCUUUCGUGUUCUUCCACUUCCUGCUCACCCACUGUGGGCCACACUGUCAUCCCCCCCAGGUGGCCGGCAACCAGCUUGUCCUUGGGAACCAGCUGGUGUCUGACCUUGACGUCCAUGGGCCACAGGGCUCCGUCAUGCAGGAUGGCACCUUCAGGCUUCACCUGUGCUGCAUCUUCAAUGCCAGUGGCUUCCUGCUGCUCCAGGUGUCCAUCUCUCCACGGCCCCCACCAGCCCCCGUGUCACCAUCCGGCCCCUGUGGUUUAUAGGCCCCUCGCCCUGCAGAGGAGACUUUCUGCUCCUACUAAGAGGAGAGGGACUACCCCAACAUUAGGCUGCCCUGCAAGCCUGUCCCUGUGGGAGUCCGGCUCCUGAGCACAGACCCCAGUCUGGUCCUGCUGCUGCACCAGUGCUGGGCCUCUGCCGGUGCCUGCCCCUUCCAGCAGCCUCAGUGGCCCGUCCUAUCAGACAGAUGAGUGGCAGGGGAUGUUUCUGCUGCCCCAGGGUGUCCUUUUGACAGGAACAGCUACAGGACCCAAGUGGUACCCCUGGACAGGGCAGAGGUGUCCUUCUCCUCCCACUGCCAGUGCUUCACUGUGACCACCUUCGCCCUCCCAGACCCUGGUUCCCAGAGGACCCUCAGGAGACGGAAGAAACCCCGUGUGCCUCUUCCUGCCUAUUCCCCAUCUGUUCCGUGUCAGCCGGUUCCCAAAGCUCUCCAGCAUUCUGAGACCUUGAGUCUAGGGAAAGGACCCUGGACAGGGUCUUCGUUCCUAUGUCUGCAGGCCUGUUCCCGGCUUCUGGGAAACCAGGGGCUGCAGACUAGCCCCAGAUGCACAGGGCCACGACAACCCUAUGCUCCCUGUGGCAUCGCUAUAAGGCCCCAGAACCUCGUGAGCUCUCCAGACCCAGUGAGCCUUGAGGGUUCCUACAGGCAGGAGCCUCUACCAUGGCCCACAGGUGCCAGGGCUGUGUGCUGCCAGGGGACACUCAGCCAUAGCGCAGACCAGAGGUGGUAUAACAGCAGUCAGCAGGGAACUAAGAAGAGAUGCAGCCCGCCCUAUCUGCGGCAGGGCAGCGGCAGCUCUGCGGGUGUGACCACCAAGGUCCAGCGGCACAGAGACUGCUGGAGAGGCCCCACUCUGCCUUGCAAGCCCUCAAACCCCCUCUCUCCUGCAGGCUCCUCCAGGAAUGCCAACCAGGGGCCUCUCCCCUGGGUGGUCCUCCUGCUGGUGGCUGUCGCCCUGGUCCUAGGGGUUGGCAUUUCCAUGGGCCUAAGCCAGGCCAAGCCCAGAAGCUCCAGGAAGGCCAGAGAGGGUGAAUAAAAUAAAUAAACCAUAAUCUCAAGCCUACUGAGCAUGUGUGACAAGGCCUUGACCCUGUGCCUUGACCCUGUGUGGGGGUUCCUGGGCUCUGGCCUGCUCCAUCUUUUUGGUCUUUAGGAUCUUGAUCCUCUAUGGAGACUCCCAAGCCAGGUUGCUUCAUGACAACCCUGGCUCUGGCUCUUACUGGCUGUGUGAUAUUGUGUUGCUGAACUUUCUGGGCCUGUUUCCUCAUCUGUAAAAUGGGGGUAAUACCCACCCCCACAGGGGUGUUGGAUGAAAGAAACUAACAAGAAUCCUUAGAAUGGUAUAUAACAGCCAGCAUUUACUGAGUGCUAUUGAUUAGAAUUUUUUCCCCUGCCCCAAACUUAAUGCUUACUUUUUUGUUUUGUUUUAAUACGAAGACCAGUUUAUAGCCCAGAUAAAGAGGGGCUGGGGAAGUGCUGCCUGUUAGGCUUUUCUAGUGGAGGCAGCAGAAUAGAACACUCGGCCAGAAGGUCCAGACACUUGCUCUGGAGGUUAGCUGUGUAGCUUCCCUUAUCUGGGCCCAUCUUCCCAUCUGUGACUAGGGAGAGCCAGUUCUGUUCACCUUCUUGGCUCGGAAGGGAGGGGAGCCCCAGGCUGGACUCCUCAGGGCUCGUGUGAAAUCAUCAUGAUUCUGAGCUUGGUGGUGGUUGGAGGAGCCAGGCUGGCUUCCAGGUGAGGUCAGGGAGCUGGUUCUUCUGACCAGCCCCAACUCUUCUUCUUACCAGCGCCUUCAGCGUCCAAGCCCACGUAAGCAUCUGGAGCAGCGUGGGAGGGCAGUUCUAUGAAUCGUGCCGAUGCUGUGUUUGAACAAAGUGUGAUUGUAUAGAUACCAAGUGGAAUCACAUUAUGUAACUAACUUAUCUCCGGGGUUUGUUUUUCUACCACAAAGGUAGACAUCUUGUAUUAUUUCCUAUCACUUUUAAUAGACGCCUUCUCAUCCAUGUUGCGGUUAAACCGUGAUGUGUUUUACCUCCCUUUGAUGGAAACCAAAUCUAUUAUUGGUGCUUAACACAGCUUAUCCUCACUUAAGCAUGUAAAUUCUUUGUACAUUAUCUUCUCAGAAGAAGCCUGUAGAAGGGGUACAGUUUGGUCCAGCAGUCCUGUAGGGCUCUAUAGCAGCACGGGGCGCUGGUUCCCUACCCCUCAGCCUUGCCACCACAGAUCAGUGUCGUGCUAAUAAAGCUUUGCCACAUGAGUAUCCUAAGCCAAAUAGCAUUGCUGAUCUAAACUAUACCUUUGGGGGUACCUGACUGGCUCAGUGGGUGGGGCAUGAACUCGAUCGCAGGAUUGGGAGUUCGACCCCACUUUGGGUGUAGAGAUUACUUAAAAUCUUCAAAAAAUAAAGCUACUCUCUUAAAUAACAUACCUCUUUGAUUAGAAGACAAGCAUCUUUAUAGCCACUUGGGUCUUGUAAACUGCCUCUCUGUGUCUCUUAUCUGCUCCCCUGAUCACUCUCUGUUUGCAGAGAGCUCUCCCAAGUCCGGGGGGCAGCAUCUUCAUCUUACGGAUUUCCUGCCCAA